AUGAAGUUGACGGCAGCAGGAUCUGCUCUGAGGAGAAGAUUGGGAAAGUUUGUCAACUGGGAAAAAGCCCUGAAUGAUGACGACAACGACAACAAUUACGAUGAUAACGACAGCAGCGGCGAGGGCGGCGAUGGCAGCGGUGGUGAUGACGACGGCAGCGGCGAUGGCGAUGGCGGCGAUGGCGGCGGCGGCGAUGGCGACGAUGGCAGCGGCGGCGAUGGCGGCGGCGGCGAUGGCAGCGGCGGUUAUGGCGAUGGCGGCGGCGGCGAUGGCAGCGGCGGUUAUGGCGAUGGCAGCGGCGGUGAUGGCGGCGGCGGCGAUGGCAGCGGCGGUGAUGGUGAUGGCGAUGGCGGCGGCGGCGAUGGCAGCGGCGGUAAUAGCGGCGGCAGCGGCGGUAAUAGCGGCGGCAGUGACGACGACGACUACGGGAGCGGCAGUGGUAGCGGCGGUGGUAGCGGCGGUGGUAACGACGACGGCAGCGGCGAUGGCGACGCUGGCGACGGCAGCGGGGUGACGACGACGGCAGCGGCGACGGCGAUGGCAGCAGUGGCGAAGGCAGUGGUGGUGGCGACGGCAACGGUGACGACGACAGCAGCGGCGAUGGCGGCGGUGGUGACGGCAGUGGCGGUGACGACAACGGCGGCGACGAUGGUGACGGCAGCGGCGGUGACGACAACAGCGGUGGUGAAGACGACGGCAGCGGUGGCAAAGGCAGCGGUGGUGACGACGGCAGCGGUGGUGACGACGGCAGCGGUGGUGACGACGGCAGCGGUGGUGACGACGGCAGCGGCGGUGACGACAAUUACUUUUUAA